ACAGUCCUAUCUAUAUGAGGAAUGAUAAACAGGAACUGUAAAGCUCAGGCAACAGCCAUUACCUCUACUUUAAGUUGUUGGGGUUUUUUUCUCUCUGAAGGCAGACUCUCCAGGUCCCACUCUCAAGACAAAAUAGGUCGGAUUCCCACAGAGCAGAAGCUCACCAUUUAUGAGUCUGCUUUAAUUACACGCAAGAAGCACACUGAGAUGCUGGAUGACACAGCCUCCUCACAGCAUCUCAGCUUGUCUGAGUGAAGCCUCGCCACAUCUGGGAGAUCAUCUGGAACAGGGAGCAGCUGGCUGCAGCCUCCCUGCAGCAACCCAAAUGGAGACGGGGAAGCCUUUGGCUGUGGGAGUGGUCAGGGUCUCCCAACCCUGAGGAGGAUGAGGGCCUCUAGGCAGAUAUUUCCGAACUGGUUCUGCAUCCUCUGGCUGCCACUCCUGCUGAGGGCUAUCUCCUGCUCCCCGCUGCCCGCUACAGAGCUCCUGCCGCCCGCUGCGCUCCCCUCCGGGCUGUCCCAGGGACAGACCUGUGUCGGAUGUGUGCUUGUGGUCUCUGUGAUUGAACAGCUUGCACAGUGGCACAACAGUACAGUAAAGGCAGCUAUGGAGAGACUGUGCAACUACAUACCUGAAAAACUGCAAGGUUUCUGCUACGUCCUUGCUGAAGUGUACGGACCACACAUAGCUGAACUCAUAGACAGGGAAAUGAAUGCCGAUGUGGUCUGCCAUUCCUUGAAGCUGUGCAAACAGGAUCCAGGACAACCCCUUUGUCAUCUCUACCCUCCUCCCAAGGUGGGGCUCAGCGCUGCAAUAUGGAAAGCAAAAAAGAUUUUAAAGAAUUCCAAGGACCUGAAAAGAACCGUGGGGGUCCCAAGCCUAUGUGCAUUUCCUCUUCUGGCUGACCUGUGUGAGAGGAUUAAAUAUGUCCUAAGAAGUAAACUGCCUUUUGAAGAUUUUGAUGGAGAUAAAUUUAGCACUUUCCCAACGCUGAGGGGCUAUCACUGGCGCGGCAGAGACUGUGAUGACAAAAACACCACCGUGUACCCUGGCAGACGUCCUGAUAACUGGGAUGUGAAAAGCGACUCUAACUGCAAUGGUAUAUGGGGCGUGGAUCCAAAAGAUGGAAUUCCCUACGAGGAGAAGUUCUGCAAAGGUGCGGACUCCCAGGGGGUGGUGCUGUUGGGAGACUCGGCUGGCGCCCACUUCCACAUCCCACCCGAGUGGAUGACCGUCACACAGAUGUCCGCGAAAUCGUUUGCUAAUCUCCCAAUGGCUUUCACUGAUGAGCUUGACUGGCCCCAGUUCUCAGAGAUCACUGGGUUCCUAAACUCCACUAUUGGAGGCUGGACAGACUCUCUGUAUCUACGUUUACGAAGGAGAAAUCGCUGCAACCACAGAGACCUACAGAACAUUUCCCAAAAUGGUGGUUCGUCACGAAAUCUCCUCGGUUUAAUAAAAAGCUUGGCCAGAAACCAACUGUUGGACAAUCCAGCCAUAGUUAUCUACGCUACAAUUGGGAAUGAUGUCUGCAAUGGGAACCGGGACACGCUGGCUCACAUGACCACCCCAAAAGAAAUGUUCUCCAAUGUCAUGCAAGCUCUGCGAUACCUGGACUCCCGGCUUCCAAACAGCAGCCAUGUGAUUCUGACAGGCUUGGUGGAUGGACGCUUUCUCUGGGAUAAUCUGCACAACAGAUAUCAUCCUCUGGGGCAGCUGAACAGAGACGUCACCUACAGCCAACUGUACUCUUUUCUCAACUGCCUUCAGGUGAGCCCCUGCAGCGGCUGGCUGACUGCUAACGAGACCCUCAGGAACCUGACCUCAGAGAGAGCUGAACAACUAUCCAAUGUCCUGAAAGAAAUUGCCAGAACUCAGAAGUUCUCCAACUUUGAUGUUUUCUACAUGGAUUUCCCACUGAAACAAACAGCUGAAGAGUGGCACAAGAUGGGCGGUGAGCCCUGGCAGCUGAUUGAGCCAGUGGAUGGCUUCCACCCCAGCCAGAUUGCUGCAGCCCUGGGAACAGGCAUUACCUGGCAGAAGGCACUACAUGAAUGGCCUCAAGUACUUGGAAAGGAGAAUCCAUUCAAUGACCAGAUUGAAGCUAUAUUCAAAGAUCAAGGUGGACAUUGACUCCCCGCUUGAUGAAGCCAUGGCUUAUGGUGGCGCUUCCCAGUACAUUCCAGGAAACAGAGUUGUUAGAGACCAAAAAACAGAAAGAAAAGAAGAGGAAGCAAGUUAUCAGUGCCAAACUUCUUUUUCUGUUGUUCAAAAUAGCAGCACAAAGAGCCAACAGAGCUGAAGUUAGCAUGACUACAUUCUUUUCAGUGUUGCAUCUCAUACCGCAGUCAUCCACCUGCACAAGUAGGCAAGCUUUUCUGUGGAGCUUCAAAAAUAAAAAUCAAAGGAUACCUGCCAGCUAGAGCGCUUAUUGUGACUGGUUUGCACAUCCAGAAGGUUUUUUCAACAUAGAGCAAACAUCAUUGCUGUCCUUGCAGGACAUCAUUUCUGGCCUUUCCGUUUGCACUGUUUCAACAGCUAACCUGAUCCCAAAAGGGACAGGGGGGCAUCCGACUCAUUUUGUUACUAUAAAUUGUGUAUGUGUAA